UAAUAUAAACAUCCAAUGUGUAUACUAAUAUACCUUUAACACAUGAUUAACUAACACAUGGUUGUGUGUAAGCGAAGGGUCAAAGUCAAGCGAUUCUUUAAGUCUGUAUGAUUAUCGGGGAAUAGUCUUUGGUAUUCAGUUUACACUUUUUUUGUGCUCAGUUCAGAAAAAAACAAGCUGCUCAGUUUAGACAUGCACUGUUCAUCAGUCACUUUGGAUUAUUACACAGGUUCACUGGAAGCUGAGGGAUGACAUCACUGUCUGUUGGCGUGGUCCUCUGCCUUACAGGCUGGAUCACUCUCUACACACUACUGUGUAAUACCAAUGGAAGCCGUGGCUUUGAGUGGAACUGUAGGCUGGUCACACUGCUCCAUGGAAUCCUGGCUGUCUGCAUAACAGCCUACAUAGGUUAUGUGGAAGGACCUUGGCCCUUCACACAUCCAGGCACAAAGAACACCCCCCUUCAGAUCACUGCUAUGGUCAUUAGCCUGGGCUACUUCAUCUUUGACAUGGGCUGGUGUGUGUACUUCCGCACAGAGGGCCCGGUGAUGCUGGUCCACCACACCAUGAGCAUCCUGGGUAUCUUGUUGACCCUGAGCUUGGGGGAAUCAGGCAUUGAGUCCUGCGCCGUAAUCUUUGCCAGUGAGAUCACCAACCCCCUGCUGCAAGCUCGCUGGUUCCUGAGACAGUUGGGUCGCUAUGAGAGCCUGACAGGGGAGGCGGUGGAUGUUCUGUUUGUAGUGCUAUUUGUGUUUAUGCGCAUAGUGGUUGGCGGAAGGAUGUUGUACUGCGAGCUCAUCUCCCCAUGGCCCAGGUUCAUUAUAAAGUGUGAGGGAGUUGCCAUGUAUGUGCUGUCCUGGGUGUUCAUGGUGGACAUUGGUCGUUUCGCCUUCCGCAAGAGUCAAUCCAAAUACAGACGCUGGAGAAACCAACACAGAUCGGCAGCAGUUAACAGACAUGACGGAAAAACAGACUGAAAGACUUCCUUAUCAUGAUUAAAAACAUCCAAUGUUUAUACUAAUAGACCACCUUUAUACAAUUGGUUGUGCAUACUGUAACCAUGCGGUCAAAGUCAAGCCAUUCUUUGGGCCUAUAUGAUUAUUGGGGACAAUUUUUUUGGUAUUUAGCUAACACUUGUAAAUUUUUUGUUUGCUUUUUUAUUACAAACAAGUGUAAGAGAAUGUUGCAAAAGCAUCUUGAAAAAUGUAGAACUGUAGCAAAAACAAUUGAGACAUAGUUUGUCAUUGAAACCAAAGGACCUAGUGCCAAUAUGAUGAACAGAUGUAUUUCACAAGCUUACUGCAAUGAACUGUAACCUAAUAGUAUAUUCUUCUAACCUUGUAUCCAGCAAUAAGUUGACUAUUGGGAAACAGACACUUUUGAUAUCCAUCCAUUGAUUCCCUCCAUCCAGAUGACCAAACAUUCCCUCUCCAUCAUAGGUUAGGCCACACCUGUUUUGAGGCAGUAAAAUUGAACCAAUACUGACUGUUUCCUUACUUUUGCAGUAUUUUGUUAUUUGAUGCAGUAGUUUUCCUGCAGAAAUUCAACUUUUUUGCAAUGUGUUAUAUAAUUUUUCUAAUUUCAGUCUAAUUUGUCUAAUUUAAAUUGUGGUACUCUUUAUAAGCCGUGGAAUAUCCCAUGUUCCAUUUCGUUUUCAGGAAGAUGUUUAUAAAUGCUCGCUGAGAUUGCAGUGUUAUAGAUUGUGUAUUGUAUGCAUAUUCAUACGGAGUACAUGACACUGGCUUUUAUAUAACAUAAAACUCAGUAAAAAGCGACAUGUUUCUUAUGAUAUCUGUCUUUCAAUUUAGCUAGUAUAAUGCUUUUCACAACGGUUUUUCAUUUAACUUCACAGCAACAACAAAUCAGUAACAAAUUUGGAAUAAAGUAAUUAUAUGUUUAGUGGCAUUCCAUUGCUUGAUUGGGUAUAUUAGUCAUUAGUCAUUGUAAAUUUGUUGAAAAUACCAAUUGGUAAACAGUGAUUUGUGCUAAAUGUUUUGUAUCGGUUGAAAUGUUCCAGUAUGAUGCUAGAAGGUCACAUUUCCCAAUAUUGUAUGCAUUCAUAUUUGAAAUUCACUACUUUUAUAUUAAAUAUUUAAAUCUGGUGCCUAAAUAGUUAGAUAUGUGGAUUUGUAUGUCAACAUUCACCACCCCUGUGUCUUAGUUUAAAAAUACCAAUGGUCACUGUAUUGCUUAAAAUCUUCCAGUAUGACGCUAGAAGGUCACAUUUCCCAUUAUUGUUUGCAUUCAUAUUUGAAAUUCCCUACUUUUAUAUUAAAUAUUUAAAUAUGGUGCCUAAAUAGUUAGAUAUGUGGAAUGGUAUAUUAACAUUCACCAUCCCUGUGUCUGUGAUAAGGGAGAAUCAUACAAGUGUGCCUUUGUGACUUUAUACGUGUUCAAAUGUAAUGUUUACUUUUGUUGUGUGUUCAAUAAAUACCCUGAAUACAGA